CUCGCAGCGCCUAGACAGAAUAGGAUUGGGAAAGUCGAUAAACGUUCCCUAUGGUUGGAACUUGGCAAGUAAACGUGAUAGUGACGUCACGGACAAGUUUGCCGUGGUGAAUCUAGCGGCUGCCAAAAUUUGACGUUCUUCGAUAACGACCAAGUUUUCGACUUCAUCGCAAUGUCGUACUAUCGAUGUAUGAAAUCGAACUAUUUCUGUCAUAGGAUCGAUACGUACGCAAAGUUCAUAGACUUUCAAGACAACGCUGUUUUGUAUGUGAUGUGUUGAUGUAGCCGAAUAAGAGAGGAAGUUAUAAAUGUUGCGCGUGUUGACGAAGCUGGAGGGAAAAGCUCCAGGUUAUUCCCAUUGUGCUACACUUGUAGUGUAUUUGACAUGUUGGUUCAGAAGCAGUACAGUUUCACGAAAUAAGGCAUUGUUUGACAGCAAACGAUGCAGUCGCGUACUCAGAUCUGAUUAUUGGGACGUGCGAUUAGCGUAUAUGGGAUCACUGUGUCUUAUACGGUGUAUUGAAGUUGGUGCUAAAAUAAAACUACUAUGAGUGCAUACAGGUCAGAACAGACGUGAUGAACAAUUUACUGCUUUCCGGAGCUGUUUAAUUUCUUUAAUGUAGCUAGUAAUGGAGACGGAGUCUGUGAAGUCGGCUGUGAGCGAACAGAGUACCAGAUCCAGGAGAUCGCGAAGUCAUACUCACAGGAACAACCACAGACUACAUAAUAAUCAUAGCUUAAGGAGUAGCCGAAGUAACAGGAAAGCAGAGGAUUCUAUGGCACCCUUCCAGACGUCUGUCACUCUUAGAGAUGAAAAUCGAGGUGGUCAGGAGGUGAUUGAAGUCCAGAUUCUUCCGCAGGAUGACAACUGGGGCGAAAACACUACUGCCUUGACAGGCAACACUUCUGAGCAGUCAGAUGCAGAGGAAAUGGCUGUGAGCCAGUGGAAUGGAGAACCUGACACAGGCUUCAGUUUCAUGUGUCAUCGGUAUCUGGGAUCUGCCCUUACUGGAUUUGUGUGUGUUGCAGCUUUCCUCAGUCCCCCUGCGAUGGUGGUAUUACCACGACUGCCAGGGCUGUUACCGAUGCCACUUCUGCCUAGUCACCAGCAGUCAACACUGGCAUGUGGCACUGAAUGCAAGGGUUUGCUUCUAGCUCUUGCUUUCAAGUUAGUGAUACUGGCUGUCGGUGCAUGGGCACUCUUCCUCAGGCGACCACCCAGAGCUACUAUGCCUAGAAUAUUCCUGCUGCGGGCAGCAGUCAAUGGACUAGUGUUAAUUUGCACGUUUGCUUACUGGCUGUUUUAUGUUGUGCAGGUCACAGAGGGUGGACUGACAGGUGGAGAGGCAGUAGAAUACCGAGGUCUUGUAUCUUAUGCUGGAAGUUUGACGGACACACUGUUGUUCAUUCACUAUUUGGCUGUCGUAUUAGUAGAACUUCGACACUUGCAGCCUAUGUAUUACAUUAAGAUUGUACGAAGCCCUGAUGGUGAGAGCCGUUCCUAUGCUAUUGGACAGCUAAGCAUUCAGCGUGCAGCUGUUUGGGUGUUAGAACAUUACUACACUGAUUUUCCUAUAUAUAAUCCAUAUCUGGAACGGUUACCAGUUUCAAAGUCGCACAAAAGUGGCUCAAGUUUUAAAUUCUAUGAUGUAGAUGGAAUCAACAACACUUCAGUGCAGAGUCAAUCUCGGGCAGUGCUGGCAGCACAUGCUAGGAGAAGAGACUCUAGCCACAAUGAACGUUUCUAUGAGGAACAUGACUAUGAGCGGAGGGUGAAAAAACGAAGAGCACGGCUGAUAACAGCAGCCGAAGAAGCAUUUACCCACAUCAAGAGGCUGCACAAUGAUCAGGGAGAUGCAUUAAAUAGGCAUGUUCUGGCAAAUACAGUUCCAGCAAUUCCAAUGGAUCCACAUGAAGCAGCCCAGGCUGUUUUUCCAUCAAUGGCACGGGCAUUACAGAAAUACUUGCGCAUCACCCGGCAACAACCACGGCAUUCGGUGGAAUCUAUUUUAGCACACUUAGCAAAGUGUUUAAGUCAUGAUUUCACACCCAGGGCAUUCCUUGAACCUUAUUUGGUGCCUUCUCCAGUUCUGCAAAAUGAAAAAGAACAAAAGUCAGUUCAGACAUGGGCUUUGAUUUGUGACGAGUUGCUGUCACGAUCCAUUACUGAUGGCACGUGCUUCCAGCUGCGUCAGAACGAUGUUUCUCUUCUCUGUAACGUGAAAACAUUACCACAUUUCAAUAUAACUGAAGAAGUUGUGGACCCAAAAUCGAAUAAAUUCGUGCUUCGUCUAAAUUCAGAAACAUCGGUGUAAUAUAAGGAUUGACAGUAUUACUUUUUUUACUUUUGUAUGUAUUACUUCAUAUUAAAAUAAAUGUUGCCUUUACUCUUUGCUAUUCAGACUUUUUAUAUAAAAUUUUUUUGUAAUGUAAUAUAUAAACAUACUGUGCUUCAUAUAUAGUGCAUCUCGUAACAACAGACAGCUUAUACCAUAAACCUGAAAACUUUUCGACUGCUGUUGUCAUUUUAAAGGGUUCCUUAUGACUGAAAUAAUUGACACAUUAUUUGUGGAUAAAUGACAGCAUGUAACCUAUAUGUUUAGUAAUUACGGUGUUUAUGAUUUGUACAUUUUGAGAAAGACAAGAAUGAAAGAUUCUUCUUUGUUGACAAACGUGAUUCUAAAGUAAACUUCAUCCAAUUCAUAUAGCACAUAUUGGGUUUUGAUACUGAAAACCAUUAAGACAUUAUACUGCUCAGAACAAGUUUUGUGAGCCUGUUCAGUCUGCAUUAUGUGAGUAAUGUAAAGCAUAUUUCAAGAAAAACUGAUUAAAAAAUUUCUUGCAUUUUAUUCUUAAACUGCAGUGCACAUUCACAUAGAAUGUGUAUUUGUACUGAUUAGCAUUAGUUAGCAGUUUUGAUUUAUUAAACUGAUGCUCUGUUUUGCGCAGGUUUUAUUGGAGUUCUAUGCAGAACAGCGUUUUGCAGAACUAUAGGCACAAAGUUAGUUUUAGUGAAGUUCCAACAAACUUCAAGUGAAAGUGUGCAGCCUAGGGCUUUCACCUAUUUUUCUGUUUUUGUUAUUACUUGAAAUAGGUGUUUAAUGUGCAAUUUCUGGCAAAUGUUGGAAAUGCAGAAUAAUAAAAGCACAAAACAAAUAAUAUUUGUUUACUUGCUUUGUGAAUGAGCUGUACACUCAUCGCCUCACUUCAGAAUGCUGUAACUAGUACUCAGUUUUGAAUAUUGAAUUAAUUCGGGUAUGCAGCACUCAAAGACUGCAGCAAACUGAACAGCUUUAACAAAAUUUAAAUAUUAUUUUGUAAUUAUAUGUUGUGGAAAUAUAUAUAAUGUAUAAAGUUUAGUUAGUGAUAACAUUGUUCUCGGAGUGAUGUGCUUGUGAGUGUGACUUUUGUAGAACAUUUGAGAAGUGUAGUGAUUUUGGAGAAUUGAGUGAUAGAUAUAAAAAUUUCAUUUAUUUUAAGUGUAGUGAACAAUCGAUUGAUACAGAAACAUCAAUUUUUGUGAUACAUUUCAUUCCUCAAAAUAUUUAUGACAAAGUUUUGUAUUAUAAAAGGAUACACUGGAGUGCCUCUGAUUCCUCAGGAGUUUUAGCAACAUUGAAUCACUCAUAUGGAAGAAAAGAAUUAAAAUAUAUUAUCUGUAUAUUCAUUAAAGCACCACUAUGCAGAGUGAGAAAAUUGUAAUUUGUGAGAAUUAUUGUCUGAAGAAGACCUGAUUUGCAGCUUUAAUACUUGACUUCUUCUCAUCAAAUGAAGAAUAAUGUACAGCUUUUUUAAUAAAGAAUUUUAUAUUGUGAUUUUGUUUUUCGAGUUCAUAGAAACUUUAACACUGUAAAUAUGAGGUGUGCCUAAAAUGUUAUGGGACUGAUUUCCUAGAAAUAUCUUUUAACACCUAAGCUACAAAUUAACAUUUUUGUGUAGAAAUGUUUGCCUCUAUAUAAUGACAUUGUUGUUAGCAGACCACCAAAUACUAGAAAAACAGUUGCAUUGAAUCUCAGUGUACUUCUACUCUCAGUGCUUUAGUUUCCUGUAAGAAUGUUGGAAAUAGGCUUCUCAAGUUAUUUACUUUUCAGACUUUCAAAUGUCUUUAGUUGCAAGGCAUUUGCUUACUGGGUUGUUUUUAGUUUAGUUAGGGGCACGAAGCUAUUGUUUUGGCUCAUAGAUGGGAAUCGGCUAUCAUGCAGAAUUGAAACUGUAACCUUCCCGCCAAAAUUUAUCAUUAUAUGAGCUGCCUUUGCUUUAAAUAUGAUGCUAGCUCAUAUUGAAGUGCAAACUAUUGCUUGAAACACUUUUUUUAUAUAUGAACUUUCUAGUGUAUCAACUGAAGUAAUGAGUUAGUUAGUUAAUUUAUCCUUUCCUGUUCUACACUCAUACCUUUAAUCUAUAAAUAUUAUUUGGCAUCAAGUGUAUGUUUGCACCUCAUUUAGAUAGUGUUUGUGGAUAGUUUACUCUAGUGGCUCCAUACCACAGUUCUUCAGAUUUAUCUAUUGCUGAACAUACCCAAUUUUUUAAAUUAUUUUUACUUUUCCUCCUUAUCUUAUUUAUACUUUCUGAAUCCUCUUGGUCUCCUCUCUUCAUUUCAGGCCAUUGUAUCAUACUAUUUAAAGUUUAAAUGUAAAUUUUACAGUAUCUUUGGUUUGGUUCAAGAAGUUCUACUGGGGGCAUUAAAUAGAAGACCUGUAGUUCUUAUUAUUUCCACGAUCUUAUCAUCCUCCUUCACAUGAAUAACCCAACAUAACUUGAAUUUUGAAAUUUCUUCUAGUGGAUAACCAUUCACUGGAAUAUUGUUCCAUUUCGCGUUCCUGCUAAUUAUCGUGGUCUUUGUUUUUGCAGUUUCAUCCCAAUUUCUUUCAUGAGUAACUCCUCUAAUUACUGUGAUUUUUUUUGUUUUUGUUACAGUCACAUUCAUUCUUUUAUUUGUCAGCUUUUCUAAAUAUUAUGGUUUUGCUUUUUCCAUGCUUGUCCCCAUUUCUUUCUUCACAAACCCCUCUAAUUUUAUGGCCUUUGUUGACAUCUCUGUUACUUUCUGUGUCAGUCUUCUACACACACAUUGAUAUAAAUUCGUUGAUUCUAUUCAUUGAGAGCUUUUAUCAUAUGACCAGCCACAAAUAUGAGGAUGUCCAGCCACAUAGAUAGCUGGAGUAAUUUGUUUCUUUACUCUACCAUGACAUUGCUUUAUAAAUUCUCCAGUGAGUGAGUGAGAGAGAGAGACCAGUAGAUUGAAAUUAGUCAUGACUGACUCCUUGCUUUGUAAUACACUCAGCAUGCUAGUAGUAUCCUGUUCCCACAUAAUUCUUGUGUUUCCUUUAUAGACUGCUAAUGGAAAGACACAAAACUUGACUGAAAUCAUAUCCCGUUGAUAUAAGUGUGGUAAUGGAAAAUCCUUGGUGGUAUACAAGUGAUGGAAGGAGUAAAGGUAACAACACACUUGAAAACACAGACAUUGCAUUGUUAACAGGAACAUAAACAAGACUGAAAAAUUGUGAAGCUUUUGGGCUAGUUGCCACUAGUACAGAAAACACACUUGCUCUCACUGUGUGUGUGUGUGUGUGUGUGUGUGUGUGUGAGAGAGAGAGAGAGAGAGAGAGAGAGAGAGAGAGAGAGAGAGAGUGAGUGAGUGAGUGAGAGAGAGUAGGAGUGUUGUGCACUGGUUAUCUCUAAAGGGGGUCAUGGUCCAAAAGCUCAUAACAUUUUCAAUCUUGUGUGUGUGCCUAUUGGCUACUCAGUGCCUCUACUAUAGAGAGAGAGUUAUUACCUUUAUUCCUUCCAUUAAUUAUAUUCACACUGAAAUGCCUAGAAUUUUGCUCCAGGAACCCUAUCAAAACCUUGUAUGAGAUUUGAAAAAUGCAAUUUUCCAUCAAUAUUUUUGCUAGUCAUUGUAGCUUCAUAAAUAAAAUCUUGGGUGCUUCUUCCAAGAUCCUUGCAAAGAAUUUUGCACUAAUAGCAGUGAAAUGCAUUGAUGGUUCUUACUUUCUUAGUGGUUCCCUGACUCAAAAAUGAAGCUAACAGCAAUUUCCCAAUCACUGAAGUUAUUUUUGUGUUACAAGCAUGUGCCAAACCUUGAGUAGUCAAGUGUCUUGCUUUCUGUCAUAUGCUUUUAACCAUGUCCAGGUAUAGCUCAAGAUUCAUAAUCCCACUACACUCUAUUGGAUACUGUCACAGUAUUGCUAUGAAGUAUGGUUCAGAGUUCCAUUUCAUAAUGCUGUGAAGUGUUUCAUCAUAAUUACAUGAAAUACACUUACCUGUAAUUGCGUACUGGAUAAGCUGCUGCUGUUGCCAAAGGGGCAAUUCAACAGUAUUUAGAGUCUUGUAAAUUAAAAGUUCAGUCUCAUUCACUUAAACACACCUUAUAUACAACUUAGAAAUUUUGUUGAUGUUAGAACAUGUAUUCAUAAUGUUUUACGUGAAUGACUUUUUGCUCAGAAUCUCAACAGUAUGAUUUAUUACAAGAUAUUUAUCUCAAAAGUAUUUCAUGGCAUAAAUAUUGGUUAUCUGCAAUAAAAUUGUGUCUUCAGCAA